AUGGACAUCGACGACAUCUUCAAGCGACCGCCUCUCCCAAAGUCCACCGUCGGCACAAAGCGGAAACACGAAGCGCCUUCGCUCGACCCAGAGUCAUACAAGUCCGUCCGCCUCGACACGCCCAGCGGUCCUGCCCCGACUGCCGGUGCAGACAAGGGCAAGGCGAAAGCGAAGGGCGUGACGGUCCAGGACGGGUCGGACGAGGAGGAUGAGGGAGGUGCAGGUGCUCAGGAGGGAGAGUUUGCGCCGAAUGGGGACGCGGACUACUUUGCAGAGGAGGACGAGGACGGGCGGUUCUUCGGCGGUGGACUUAACACGGUGCAGAAGGAGGUGCUCAGCAUCAUGGAGGGGUCGGGGAACGACGAGCAGCUGCCAGGCGAGGACUUGACGCCCCAGAGCGUGCGGAAACAGCUCCUGAACCUCGAAAAGGCCGUCAACAAGAACCGCGACUUGCGCACUCGGUUCCCCUCCGACCCGGAGAAGUUUGUCGACUCCGAAUUCAACCUCCUCGAAGCGAUUCGCGCCGUCUUCCUCUUCUCGACUGCGCCGGCACUCGCCUAUCCCCUCAUGCUCGAGAAUUCGACGCCUAAUACGUUCGCCGACCUCCUCUCGCACGAGAAUAUGGACGUUCCGAUUGCUGUCGUUGAGGUCUUGGAGGAGCUGCUGGAUCCAGAGGACCUGGAAGAGGUCGACGAGGACGAGGAGGACGGGGAUGGCGCGGUUGAGAAGAAGCGGACGGCGAUGAAGGCGUUGUUGGACGGGUUGGUCGAGGCGGGCGUGGUCGACCUCGUCGUUGCGCAGCUGCAGCGAGUCAACGAGGAGGACGAGGGCGAGCGGAACGGUCUCUUCCACACUCUCGGCCUUAUCGAGAACCUCAUCUCCCUCUCGCCCGCCCUCGCCUCACCCUUCCUCUCGCCAAAAUCGCCCUUCCUCUCGUUCCUCGUCAACCGCCUCUCGCAAACCUCAAAGCCCGUCGAGUAUGACCAAAACCACUUCUACGCAGCAGAGAUGUUUGCUCUGGUGCUGAGCUUGCCGGCGGAGGUUGUGCAGGGUGUGAAUGAGGCGCGGCAGAGGGUUGGAAGCGAGGGGUGGGUCGAGAUCUUGCUCAAGGUCCUCUCGACCUACCGCAAGCGGGAUCCAGUCGGCUCGGAGGAGGAGGAAUACAUGGAGAACGUCUUCGACGCCUUGUGCUCCUGCCUUUCCUCGCCUACCCUUCCUCCGUCGAACCCGUCCGACCCGCCCGUCCACGCCGUCAAAGCCGCCUUCCUCGCCGACGAAGGCAUUGAGCUCCUCGUCCUCAUGCUGAAGGCCAAGAACAUGUCACGCAACAGGGCUAUCAAGACACUCGAUCAUGCGUUGCAGGGCAGGGAGGGCGCGCCGUUGUGUGAGCGGUUUGUGGAGGCGUUGGGGCUGAAAACGCUGUUCGCGGCGUUCAUGGGUCGGUCCGACGACAAGAAGAAGAAAAAGGCCGCGCUCGCGACCACCCACGAAGACAUCGAGCACAUCCUCGCCAUCCUCUCAUCCCUCUUCACCUCCCUCCCCUCCGACUCUCCUCCCCGCAUGCGACUGCUCGCCAAGUUCGUCGAGAACGAUUACGAGAAGAUCGACCGCCUUCUCGAGAUCCGCGAAGAGCUCGAGACUCGGAUUGCGAAGGGUGUCGAUCCGAUCCUCGCGCAGGAAAUGGACGAGGACGAGCUGUACCUCGAGAAGCUCGACAAUGGCUUGUUCGCGUUGCAGCUGGCGGACUAUGUAACGGCGUGGGUGUGCAUGGAGGACGACGGGGCCCGCGACCACGUUCUCAUGCUUCUCUCUCGCCGCGACAAGUCUCUCCGCAACGUGAUCGCCGUCCUGAACGAGUAUGCGGAUAACAUCGGCGAGGGAGACCGACCGGAGGACGCAGGUGAGGAUGCGGUCCCGACAGAGGGUGAGGAGCGGAAGGCUAUCCUGGCGGGGCUGGCGAGGUAUCUCGAGAGUAUAGAGUGA